UCUUCAAUAUACCAAUUAAUAUAUUUUUCAGAUAUGUCAUUGGUAUCAUGGAUCAUCGUUUCAUUCAUCUAUGCUUUACGGAUUAUUUACGCUUCGGAAAUAAAUGUAAAAAAUUCUACAGUUAAUGACAUUUUGCUGAAUGAAUAUUGUAAUUCUUCAUUAGAUUAUAGAAACCAUCUUCAAAUAUCAUGCAAAAUUUACGAUUUUGUUGAAGAUACAUUUCCAUUUGACAUUAGUGAACAGGAUACGAUUGGACUGAUAUUUACACUUGAAAGUGAUGAAUCAGUUUAUAAUGCCAGUAACAAUAUUAUUUUAUGGUAUACAAAUUUUAUAAUGCAGAAAUUUUCAACAAAAGAAAAUCAUAAACAUGAUAUAAAAUUUCCAUUAAUGAACACGUUGAAAUCAUUAUUUAAAUAUAUGUAUCGAGUCGAAAUUCAUCUGAAGUAUGAAAAAGGGAUAUUGGAUGAAUCCGUUGAAAUAGCUUACAUUUGUAAUGAAACUCUUCCGAAUUUUCAAACUUUUCUUACUUACAAUAUUCCGAAUACAACGUGCAAGUUAAUUUUUAAAAUAUACUUAGACAAGAUAUUCUCUAACAUUUGGGAUGAGGAAAAUCAAAGUUGGGAAAUGGUAGAUACUGUCAGUAAUCAGCUGAAACAGAAAUAUCAUCUCAAUAAAUCAACAUUUACAGAAAUGAGUCUUUAUUUCAAGGAUGCGGUUAUAGAUUUAGACCUUAACUUAAUAAGCAAUUUCACUAUAAUUAAACUGGAAUUUCCACAAAAUAAUAUUGCGUUUAUAAAAAACUAUGCUUUUCCUUCUAUUCCUAGAUUACAGGUGUUGAAUAUGACAGGAGGUAAAAUUAAAUUUAUUGAGAACCAUGCAUUAGAUUAUAUUACUGGUUUAAAAGUAGUAGACUUCAGUAAAAAUAAAUUAAAUGCAAUACCCAAAAUAUUUUAUGAAUCUCACUUUGUAAAUUUGACGUACUUAAAUUUAGAAGAAAAUAAACCUAAUAAUAAAAAGUUUUCUUUAUCACCACGUUCUCUGACAUCGUUACCAUCUUAUUUGAAAAUACUUAGACUUUCCGGAAACCAUGUAGUGGAAUUAGGAAAAGGAUCCUUUGAUUCUUUUCCACAUUUACAGUAUCUCUUUCUUGAUCAUUGCAGUCUGACUUUCAUACCCGAAGGAACAUUUCAUAACUUAAUCGCUCUCAUUUCCCUUGAUUUGGAUAACAACAACUUGGAAACUCUUCCUGAAGAUAUCUUUGCAACUUUGUAUUCUCUUCAAUAUCUCAAUUUAAGUAAUAAUCAUUUUGUAGACAUACCCGCACGAUCUAUUAACAUGGCAUUAAAUUUUCGAUAUAAUUUGUCAUAUCCCCGUCUAAAAUAUUUAAAUUUAAGAAAUAAUCAAAUCAAAGAAUUUUCCGAAGAUUUAACAGAUUUUUCUCUGCUGCAUAGUUUUGAUUUGUCUUCUAAUUAUAUAAGCUUCUUUUCUAAAGAAAUUCUUGAGAUUUUAUUAAAAAUCGAUUAUGUUAAUUUAUCUUCUAAUUCAUUUUACUGUUCGUCCUGCAAUCUUUAUUAUUUGCAUACGUGGCUGAAUGCCACCGAUUAUAGAGAUUCCGACCUUUUUAUUUGUUCUCUUCCUAUAGAAUUAACUGGCAAAAAGGUGAAAGAUCUUAAUUCUAAAUAUGAAGAUUGUUUGGAUUUUGAUACGGAUACAACGGUAAUAAUCUUUGCAUUAGUGAUAACUGUUUUGUGUUUUAUAUCAAUAUUAAGUAUAGUUAUGUAUUACUAUCGUUGGUAUCUUCGUUACUUUCUGUUUCAUUUUAAAAAGGCAUUCUGCAAUUUUAGGCAGGAAGAAAACUUAUUGCAAUUUGAAUAUGAUGCAUUUAUAGCGUAUUGUGUGACAGAAACGAAAUGGGUAUUUGAACAAUUGGUACCUCAUCUGGAAUCAGAAGAAUUUGGAUUAAAACUUUGUAUACACGAUCGAGAUUUUCUUGCAGGCAGAAAUGUUACCCAAAAUAUUAUUGAUAGUAUUGAUAAAAGUCGUAAAAUAGUAGUGUUACUAUCUAACCAUUUUAUGAAGAGUGAAUGGUGCAUGCUUGAAAUACAUUUAGCUCAACAUAGAUUAUUUGAGAACAAAAGAGACGAUUUGAUCCUAAUAAAAAUGGAAAAACUUAACAAAGAUCUAAUUAAAAAUCCCAUUCCAUAUCUACUUAAAACUAGAACAUAUCUAGAAUGGCCUCGUAAAAAAGAAAGUAAUCUUUUAUUUUGGAACAGAUUAAAAGAAGCUAUUAAAACUCAAGUUUAAGUUAAUAUGACAUAUAAAAUGUAAUGUAAUUAAUAUGAUAUAUUAACUAAUCUAUGGAAAAUUAUAAAACUUUUUAUUAAUGUUUAAAUAUAUU